GCUUCUUUCUCUCUUUGCAUUUCACACAUUUGAUCAGACAUAUACAUUGCACGCUGCUUGCAUAACUUAUACUUUUCUAAAGAACAGAGAAACAACAGAGCCGGAAGACGAGAUUGGUGCAGAAAUGAAGGAACUGAGGCGGUAAAGGGAGGGGGUAAGGGAGGUGUGUAACAGUUUCCUGUAGUUGCUGAUCUCUGAGUCUUCCUCUUUGACGUUCUGUCACAGUGAAGAGCACAGACGGAGCGGAGCGGAACAAGAUGCAGGCUAUCAAGUGUGUGGUCGUGGGAGAUGGAGCUGUGGGAAAAACAUGUCUGCUCAUCAGCUACACAACCAAUGCCUUCCCCGGGGAGUACAUUCCUACUGUCUUUGAUAACUACUCAGCUAAUGUGAUGGUGGACAGUAAGCCUGUCAACCUGGGCCUCUGGGAUACAGCUGGACAGGAAGACUAUGACAGGCUCCGCCCCCUGUCCUACCCCCAGACGGAUGUUUUCCUGAUCUGCUUCUCCCUGGUGAGCCCGGCCUCCUACGAGAACGUCAGAGCAAAGUGGUACCCGGAGGUCCGUCACCACUGCCCCUCCACACCCAUCAUCCUGGUGGGCACUAAGCUGGAUCUGAGGGACGAGAAGGACACCAUCGAGAAGCUGAAGGAGAAGAAGCUGGCACCAAUCACCUACCCACAGGGCCUGGCUCUGGCCAAGGAGAUAGAUUCAAUGAAAUACCUGGAGUGUUCGGCUCUGACCCAGCGCGGUCUGAAGACGGUGUUCGACGAGGCCAUCCGGGCCGUGCUCUGCCCCCAGCCCCCCAAGGUCAAGAAGAAGCCCUGCUCACUGCUGUAAAUGGACCAGAAACAGUAAAGGAAGAGAGACUCAGACUGAUGACCCGACUAUAAAGAAGAAGAUUAAACAGUUCUGUUAUGUGUAUAGAAAACUAGAUUUAAAAAAAAGAAUAGAAAUUGUGUCGUUGUGAUGAAUAAGUAAAACACCUUUCUGUACAGCAUGAUUUGAAACAAAUGAGUUAUGGACAAGAAAGAAUCCAUCAGUAAAGCAUAGCAAUUCAUCAGAACAUAUCACUCAAAGUGGACACAACAGAGUAAAGACGAUAACCAUAAAGAUGUAUCCAGUGCAGCAAAAGUCCGACACUGAUCCCAGCAGAAAGUGUUAACCUGUAUUAAUGCAAAGACAGUGUUGUAAUAAGAGAAGUUGUUCUACCAAUAUUGUUUUGAGAGUGUUUAAAACAGCAAAAUAAGGAAGGUUUUUGUAUGAGCAGAGAGCAGAACAAUGUGGUAUUUGAAUAAAACUAUAACAAACCUAUUAUUUGUUGUGAUGUGAAAAUAAAAUACAUUUUAUCAAGAAA